UGUAGUGUUAGUAGAGCUUUUACAGUUUGAAGAAGACUCAAAGUCUAGAUCAAGUUCAAAGUAUGAAAUAAAGGAAACAAGAAUAACCUCUAAAGAAUUCUUAUUGCAAUACCCGAGAGGAUUGGUAGAAGAAAGCGAGAUUGUUACAAAAGCUUUAGAAAAAUUCAGAGAUUGCAAAGUUUUUAAAAACCUAUUAAUAGAAUUAUUAAAAAUAGGAUUGAAAAAAUAUUAUGAGAUUGAAGAAGAGAAAGGUGUUGGUGAAACAAAAGUUACUUUAAUCGCUUGUUAUUCAUUUCAAGAAUCACGACCUAGAAUGGCAGCACAAUUUUCACCAUUACAUGCACUCAAUUCACCUAGAUGUAAGGUGGAAGUAUAUGGCGAACCCAGAAAGCAUGCUUGGGCAAAAGAUUCUCAAUGGGUUCGUGAACGUGAAAGAUUAGAAGAAACAAUGCAUCCAGGAUUUAAUGAAAUUAUACUGACAGAUUCAAAUACUCAUAACAUCUACGAAGGAUUAAGUUCAAAUUUUUUUGCAGUAAUAUAUAAUCCUGAUACUAAACAACCAUUGGUGGUCACAGCACCGUUGAGUGUAGUCUUAGAGGGAACAAUAAUGAAAAUUGUAAGGAUGAUUUGUGAGAGAGAUAAUAUCGAUUUUAAAUAUUGGUUUCCUAAUACUCAAGAUGUACAUUUGUGGGAAGGCACUACAAGAUUAGUUUUACCAAUUGAAUUGAUUAAAUUUCGUGAUGGAAUGCCAAUAGCAAAAUUACCACCAAAUAACGAUACAGUAGAAUACAUAAAACAAGAAGUUGAAAAAGAAAUUUUUAAUAGAGCUUAUAGAAUAUUAAAAGAUGAUGAUCUAACGGAAAAUGGAAAAAUUUGUUUUAUGUGCGAGUAA